AUGUUCUUUCUGAAAGAAGAGGCAAAGGUCAUUACCUUGCACCCGUCCUACUUUGGACCCAACAUGCGCGAGUAUCUGAUUACUCGUCUGAAUGAGGAAGAGGAAGGUCGGUGUACAGGAGACCACUUCGUGAUCUGUGUGAUGGAUAUGGUCGACAUCGGCGAGGGACGAGUCAUACCCUCAAGUGGACAUGCGGAGUACACAAUAAAAUACCGUGCUAUUAUCUGGAAACCUUUCCGCGGGGAGACGGUUGAUGCUAUUGUUACCUCUGUGAAGCCGACCGGAAUUUUCACACUGGCAGGACCCCUUUCUGUUUUCAUUGCGCGCAAGAACAUUCCCUCCGAUAUCAAAUGGGAGCCCAACACCGUGCCUCCGCAAUACACCGACCAUGCAGACCAAGUGAUUGAGAAGGGUACCAGCUUGCGACUCAAGAUUCUUGGUGUCAAGCCAGAUGUGGCUGCAAUCAAUGCCAUUGGCACCAUUAAGGAGGACUACCUAGGACCCCUGUAA